UCAAUUUGGUACACACGUAACAUCGAGAAUGGCGCAGCCGCGUGAAUUUAGUAUGUGCAUGCUGUUGGAGGACGUGGACGGUGAGGCAGAGGAAAAGAUUUACGGCAUAAGAGCACGCAAAGUAGUGGCGACCUUUCUACGAGGAGAUCUUGUUAUCCGGGAGCCCGAACACAAACAACCAAGCAGCCGUGAUUAUGUAGCUGUUCAAAGUUUCAACCCUAGAGAACGAUUUGCUGUCGUUCCCAAGAGGUUUCUUGCAACUUUGUCGGAAAGACAGUUUCAACUGUUGUCGACAGUUCCAUCUAGUUCAGACCGUUAUGCUGCCUACCUGAACAAACAUCUCAAUGAAGCAGAGAACUAUAGUGUUAACAGCAAGGUACUUGUUUACGUGUCCAAUUAUCCAGAACGCACACCAGGUGUCGUUUGGUACACGGGACCAGUUGAAAGUAUUUCGCGUGGAAUUCUGUUUGGAGUGGAACUGCUGGCUGAUCCACCUCGAGGCAACUGCAAUGGUACAUUGAAUGGAAAAAAGUAUUUCACUUGCUUUGACAAAUGCGGAGUGUUUGUCUCAUUUGACAAGAUGAGACUUUGUGCAACAGAUGAAGAAUUUGCACGUAGAGUGGCUGCGUUUUGUACAAAGUCGGACAGACCAACUAGGCGCCUGACAACACUGACACAGCGGGAGUCAGAGCAACAACACAGAGUCACUCGCUCCAAAACUGCUGCUGGACAAAAACAGUCUGAUGCUUGUAAUGAAGAGAACAAGUUGCAGAUUGGCAUGGAAGUUGUAGUGUUUGAAGAUGGUGAGAAAGUGCACAAGGGUCACGUUAGAUGGCUAGGAACAGCAUAUGGAACUGGAAAAUCAAAAUCUAUGCAGCCUGUGGCUGGAUUGGAAAUGGUAUCUAAACAUGUCAAUAUUCAGGGGCUAGAGGGAAUGGAGUGUCAGAAGGGUGCUUUUUUCAAAACUGAGCAUGGGGGCAGAAAAGUUUAUCUUCCUGUCUCUUCUCUUAUGCCGCUAACAGAAUAUAGCAAGAGCAUACACAACAGUGCAGACAAGGGUGGGCCAGUCAACAAGCAAGAGUCUAAUAGUGUCUUUCAAGGUGUCCAAAAUGAGCUUAGAGGAGAUCAUGGGAUAACAGUUGGCACAAAUGGUUCAUCAAAAGGAGUUGUGUUUGAGAAAGAAACACAAUCAACGAAUAGAACACAAGGAAGGAGCAAUGCACACGUUGUUAAGCAGCAACAGGAACAGUUACUGCAAAAGGUUAAGGAAAUGAGAAAUUUAUCUCAAUCUGAUGCAACUGGUGCACCACAAGAUUUCUAUAUGAAUGCUGCAAUUGACUCUUCCAACGAAAAACGAAAGAACAAAGAAUUGGGUUCAGUUGUAGGGGAUGACUGUGCUCCUCUGACUUCUGAUGAAGUAUUUACUGAUCCAAGCUUGAAUAUUGGAUCAACAGUUGAAGUGGCUGUAAAUGAUCGUUCAUUGCAUGGUGUUAUUCAAUGGUUUGGAUGGGUGAAUACAGGAACCAAAGGCAAAAUUAAAGUUGUUGGCAUUGAGUUGGAUAAUCCAAUUGAAGGUGGUACAGAUGGUACAUACCUGGGCCAGAGGUGUUUCAAGUGUGAAGAUGGAUGUGGUUGGUUUGUUCUUCCACAGUACUGUACAAGAGACAGUCGAUUUGAUACUCAACAAAUUGGAGCACAACCUGGUUUACCUGACAUGACAGCUAGUAUGAGAGACAGAAUGAGUGAAGCCAAAGGCAAAGAUGGAGGAUAUGGCCCUUAUGGUGGAGAAUUAGUUUCAGGUCAUGUGUCAUACAACAAGGCUGUGUCUGAUGCUGUGUGUGGUGAAUUUAAAGGCAUACAAGGGCAUCACAAUUCUUGCUAUCUGGAUGCUACACUUUUUAGUAUGUUUUAUGCAACACAUGUCUUCGACACAGUAUUUAAUCGGAAGGAAGCACCAGGACAAAAACAGAGUGUCUAUGAUGAACUUCGGUGCAUUCUGAAGGACAGAAUUGUUAAUCCAUUACGAAAGAAUCACUUUGUAAGGGCAGACCAAGUGAUGAAACUUCGAGCUCGUCUAGAUAAACUUGGUGACAUUGAUGGAUUGACUCACGAAGAGAAAGAUCCUGAGGAAUUUCUUAACACUCUUCUCAAUCAAGUCUUUAAAGAGGAACACUACCUAAGAUUGAGGUCUGGGAAGAAUGAACAAGGAUCAUACAUGUACCAACUUUUUAUGGAAAAAGAUGAUAACUUGCGUGUACCUACAGUUCAACGACUUGUUGAACAGUCAUUUGUGGGUAGUGAUGUUAAACUAGUUGAGGUUCCACAGGUUUUUAUUCUCCAAAUGCCAAGAUUUGGGAAAAAGUUUAAACUGUAUGAUAGAAUUCUGCCAAGCCCAAAGCUACAAAUUGAGGACAUCACAAUGUGCUGUAAACGCGUGUGUGUGAUGUGUGAAGACUUUGCUGAAAUUGAGUGUAAACAAUGUCAAGUUCAUCACCCCAUUGAAACGUCUUGUUUCUGUGCAUCUUUAUGUUAUAUCUGUUCCAACCAGAUCCACAAGCAUAGUAAGAGAAAGGACCAUCAUCCUAAACGAAUUAAGUACACACUACCACAAAGUAACUUGCAUCACCCAGAAGAGCUGGAGUUGUUUGCUGUUGUUUGUAUUGAAACGAGUCACUAUGUUUCAUUUGUGAAAUUCGAAGAUGAUCAGUGGGUUUUCUUUGACAGCAUGGCUGACAGGAAGGGUGGUGAAGAUGGUUACAAUAUUCCACGUGUGACUCGCCUCCGAGAUGUCCCUUAUUGGUUGAACAAUCCUGACAAAGUGCUACAAGCUGAUUUACGAGACAUCCCCGAUCCUAUUCGACGUAUGUUUGUUGAUGCAUAUAUGUGUAUGUACAUUUCUCCCACUGAAUCUAUGUACUAAUGCCUGGAUAUACUUGCACUAGUGGAACAUCUAUGGACUCGUUUCCUGACUAGGAAUACUGAGAAUAGACAUAGCAUGUCAGACAGUGUUUUGUGUUGGUACAUAGUAAUUCUUACUUCAUGUCUGUGGCUGUGGGAUAGGAACAAGGGAUUUUCUUGCAUUAAGGAAUUAUUUUCAGUGAUUA